AUGAGUUAGCUGUAGUCGGGUAUCAAUAAUAUGUGCUUCUUAAUUGGCUUUACAAAGUAACGGUUAAUUGCAUGGUGAAAAAAGCUAUUUAUUUAUUGUUUUGGGUGAAUAUAACUUUGUUUGAAGUUAUCUUAACUUGCUUAGAGAGACUAUUUGGAACUCAUCCAAUCAGCAAGCAGGGCUGUGAGUGAGCAUGCGCAGUAGAAGCCACCACCGUUCAGUCUCCUGCUCAGGAUUGUUAGCGGUGCCAAUCGGACUGAGCCAACACAUUUUCUGGAAUUUGCCGACAAAUUUGCUAGAGAUUUCAUCGCUUGUGGAACAAUAAGAAGUGCUUGUGGCAACUGCCUUGAGGGCUCUUCACAGCUGCUUUGUCAGUGGGCCUCAGUACACUGGAGAUGCAGUGGACCUGUAAGCAGUGUAAUUUUUCUACAGAAAAAAGAGGACAGUUGUUAAAACACUAUCGCCUAAAACAUGGAGGCUUUACUCGGCAACAGCCAAUACCAUGUCUUCAUAACGAUUGCUUGUGCACUUUCAAAUCUUUUAAUGCACUCAAAGUGCAUUUAUCGGUUUGGCACUGUCAAUCAAACAUUGGACAAGCAAGUAAACCCACAGUUGUAUUUCACUGCCAAUUAUGUGAAUACACAGAGCCCUGCACUGAAGAAGAGUUUUUCACACACUUGCGCAGACAUUUAAAACUUAAGCAAAAAGUUCUGUGUCCAUACGACGGCUGUGAUUUUCACAGCAAUGUGUACUCAACAUUUAAUGCACACAAAAGUAGGGUACACAAAGGGAGUGCUACAACACAUUUUAAAACCGGAAUUGUAUCAAACAUUAAACAUCAAGAUCAAUUGACUGAAGUGGAGAAUGAUAUUUCCUCACAGGAUGACACUGAGUGUGAAUUUGAAGAAUCUGUAGGUGACAUACAGGACUUGGAAAGUCAGCUGGAACGUAACCUUGCCGCUUUGUUUUUGAAAAUGCAAACAAUCCUGCAUAUAUCAGAAAGUGCUACACAAGAAGUUAUUCAGCAGAUCAAUCAGAUCCACUUACUUUCACAGCCAUUACUUCACAGUAAAGUCCAGGAGAUUAUCAGUCAGCAUUGUGGUGACGUGGAUAAUUCCAUUGUGAGUGACGUUGUAAAUGCAGUUUCACAAACUAAUGUCCUGCUGAAAUUCACCUCUACAGGAGGAUCCUUAUCAACAGCUAGCAGGAGAGCAUCUUAUAUACAGCAAGAAUUUCCUCUUGUUAUGCCAGUUGAGUUUCGUCUUGACAGAGAUAGUUCUGUUGUAUAUGUCCCCACACUGAAAAUGUUGCAGGCUUUGUUAAGAAAUAAGGAUAUUCUGGAUAAGGCGCUGCAUGUAGAAUGUGGUGCUUCACCAGAAGGAUACCACUCAUUCAGAGAUGGCUCUCAUUUUAAAGAAAAUGUUCUUUUGAAUGUGGAAGAAUUUAGGAUUGCUCUUGGGCUAUAUAUAGAUGAUUUUGAGGUUGCUAAUCCACUGGGAACAUCCAAGAAAAAACACAAACUAUGUGCAGUAUAUUGGGUACUUGCUAAUCUUGACUCCAAAUAUCGGUCAGCUCUCCACUCUAUACAACUUGCACUUUUAUGUAAGGUCAAGACUGUGAAGGAACAUGGCUAUGCAGAAGUUCUUCGUCCUCUCAUUCAGGAUCUUGUUACUCUUGAGGAACACGGUGUGUAUGUUGAACAGCUAGCAGAAAGUGUUAAAGGAACUGUAUUGUAUGUAGCAGCAGACAACUUGGGGGCUCACGCUUUGGCAGGAUUCCAGGAGAGUUUUGCAGCACAUCUCUUUUGUCGGUUUUGUAUGUGUAAGAAAGAUGACAUACAGGAUAAGGAGGUCAGGUCAGGUCUACACCAGCCAAGGACAAGAGCGGACCACGACAGACAUGUGCAAGAGGUUAUACAUGACCAUACUAUGGCCAGACAUCUUGGUGUAAAAAGAGGGUGUCCACUGAAUGAAAACUUGAAACACUUUCAUGUGGUGGAUGGUUUUCCACCUGACAUUCUGCAUGACUUUUUAGAGGGUAUAGUACCAGCAGAAAUGUCACUCUGUCUUCAGGAUUUUAUGACCAAGAAGUAUGUUUCUUUGGACUGUUUGAAUAAGGCUAUUAAGCAGUUUCCUUACGUUCUCAGAUAA